AUGACCCCGCGCCGCGCGGCCGUUUUCAGGCUCCGGUCGAGCAGCAGCGGGCGGGGCGCCAUGAAGCUCAAGAGGUUUCUCCUGAGGUACUAUCCUCCUGGCAUUGUCCUGGAGUACCAGCGCAGGAGUGGAGCCGUUGAGACCAAGACAAUUGACCUCUUGAACUUGGCCCCUGAUUCCGAUGUGGAGAUGCUUAUCAACCAGAUUGUUGCUGAGGAGCCGCUCAUUUCCGCUGGCAAGAAGGAUACGCUCAGGAAGAUGAUCUAUAAGCUCAUCGACAAGAUAGACAACAAGGAGCAGCAGCGCUUCUACUUGUUCAAGAUUCUUCGCGCGCACAUCCUCCCGCUGACGAACUGUGCCUUCAACAAGUCGGGCUCAAAGUUUAUCACCGGCUCUUACGACCGGACAUGCCGCGUCUGGGACACCCUCAGCGGUGAAGAACUGCUGACGCUCGACGGGCACAAGAACGUGGUGUACGCCAUCGCGUUCAACAACCCCUUCGGCGACAAGAUCGUCACCGGCAGCUUCGACAAGACUGCGAAGCUCUGGGACGGCAACACGGGCCAGUGCAUCCACACUUUGAAGGGCCACCAGACAGAAAUCGUCUGCGUAGCGUUCAGCGUGCAGGGAAACUACGUUGCGACCGGCAGCAUGGACAAUACCGCUAAGCUGUGGGAUGUAACCACUGGUCAGCACGUAGCGUCCUUGGAAGGGCACUCGGCGGAGAUUGUGUCGCUCAACUUCAACACGGAUGGCGACAAGAUUCUUACCGGAUCGUUUGACAAUACCGCUAAGGUCUGGGACGUGGAGACUGGCCAUUGUUUCCAUACUUUGGCUGGCCACCGUGGAGAGAUCUCUUCUACGCAAUUCGACUUCACCGGCGACUACUGUAUCACAGGCAGCAUCGACCGCUCAUGCAAGCUGUGGGAGGUAAAUUCCGGCCAGUGCCUCGAGACCCUGAACGGCCACUCGGACGAGGUGUUGGACGUUUGCUUUAACAUGACUGGCAAUCGCUUGGUCACCGCGUCCGCGGACAGCACCGCAAGGGUGUACGACGUGAUGACGGGCUCCUGCAUAGCGAUCCUGAUCGGCCACGAGGGCGAGAUCUCGAAGGUGCAGUUCAGCCCCAACGGCGCCAAGAUCAUCACGGCCUCCAGCGACAGGACGUGCCGGCUCUGGGCGGUGGAGACUGGCGAGUGCCUGCAGGCGCCUUGCGCGGCCAGGCGACCCACCAGGGCUUCGACCUCCCCAGGACCCCUUCGCGUCGGGAACUGAUCGUGACGGUAUGGAUGGCUGCAGGGGCGGGCACCGUGGCCGUCAAAACGACUCAGGACCAUGAGCCCGUUCCGGGGAGGUGGCCGAGAUCACCCCCAAGUCAGUGUUUCGACCUCCCCCUGAACUUCAAGCAACCAGCGACGAACCUUGGGUACGAAGUUUCGGUACAACUUGAUCAGCCACACUUCGGGAAUGCCUUGAUCGUACCAGUAAGUGGCUGGCGUGAAAUGCCUUGCCAAGUCGCAGGUUUGGAGCGGGCUCACGUAGGCCCUCCCGACAAGUCUCUUGCGGAACCGUGCGCGGGUUUCUGUUCCGCUGCGUUCCCAGUUUUCCAGCGUUGAGAAAGCAUUCGCUGCGGGCGUUUCCUCGUGGAUUCGGCGCCAACUUCUUCAGUUUGGGGGACAAUUCGGUGCCCCUGUUUGGUUGUUCUUCUUUCCCCAAACAGUGCUUGUACUCAGGGGCUUCCUUUUCUCUUCUAAGAACUGGGCCGUGCGCGGCCCCAGCGGCCCCGCAACUCGCCCGUGGCGCGCAUCGUUUGCAGAUGUUGGCCCGAGCCGUUCUGCCUGUGAGCCCAGAGGGCGACGAGUCGAAGGCAGCGUUUGAUAAGGAAAUUGUAUCGCGUGCUCUCACCUCGGGGCGCUCCCUUCAACAGGUCAACGCGAAGCGUGUACAACCAGAGCAGAAACAACUUCUCGUCCUGCAUCCUCCUCCUCCUCCUCCUCCUCCUCCUCCUCCUCCUCCUCCGUAGCCAUUUUGGCUCAAGAUGUUGAGUUCCGCAGGGGAACAAGUGGAUACCGC